GGGGCUCAAAAGGGGCGGAGGCCGAGCUUGGGAAACGAAACCUUGUGCGCUCUCCCGCCAGGAAUAGGAGAGCGAGGCGGCGCUUCGGAAAGCGAAAGCGCUUUCCCGGCAUUUGAGGCUGGGCUGUGCUGGGCGCAGAUCUCAGAGCGGAGCGGGCUUUGGGAGUUCAGCAGGACUCUUUGCGGAUCAGGAGGCGCCUUUCCGGACCCGCCGGAGGAGGCUGUUAAAAGAUUCACCCUGGGGCGCAAAUCACGCAAAAAGGGCUUUAAAUGCCCUGCCUGCAACAAGCCUCAAAAUACAUCACACAAGUUCUGCAGUAACUGUGGAAAUGAGCUCAUUCCUCCUGCCACCACACAAAAGAAGAGAGAUGCAAACCUGACCUCAGAUUUGGGGACAGAGCUAGGGGGAGAAUUGAAGACGGAAGAUUUUCCUUCCUUGGGAUCAUUUUUUGAUGAACACUCACCCAAUAAACAAGCACGGAGGGAGCCAGACCAAUCCCUGCCAGAGAGCCUUGACAGUGAUGCCUCAUUCUCACAGAAAAAAAAAAAGAAGAAAAAUAAUCAGAAAGAACCAGACUUGAAAAAUCAGGAAACCUUGGCAGCACCCUUAAGUUUUUCGCCGCCUACCCUUGAUCAUUCUCUAAAUCCAGAAAGUACCUCAUCAAAAGAAAAUCAGACCCAAACAGCUAAACUGACCAAAUCACAUACUGAGUCUUUUGAUGACAGUAGAGGUCUGAUUGAUCCAAAUCCCUUGGGCACAAAUCAGAAUUCAGAAAGUGUUAUAGAAAAUAAAGAGAGUGUUGAUGUCAAAGUUAAUGUGGAAAAAAACUGUAAAAAUGGUGUUGAUGAACAACAUGCUAAUGUGGCUAUCACAAUGGAAAAGAUGAAGGAGGACGUCUCAAAAAAGUUUGUUACAAAUGAUGAAAAUGCAAGUUCUAGCAAAAAACAAAGUGACGUAAGCUCUGUUGCAACUGAGCAGUUCCUGGAAAAUACACGGAAUAAUCAGAGUUUGAAUAGAGAUGGAGUACCUGUUUCUGAAAAAGCUGGACAGAACAAGUCAUCUAUUCACUCCUGUAUUGAAUCUUCUGAAAAUAAAAAUCCCAAAUUGAGUUCAGAAAAACAUAAUCUGAGAAUUAAGAAAUCUGAAUCUGAAAUGGAGCAGAGCUGUAAAACAAAUGUUGGAAAGGUAGACAAGCAACAGGGCAGUGUUCCAGAUACCAAAAAAGCAAAGAUGGAAGGUGAGUCCAAAAAAGAGAGAAUCUGUGAAAAAGAAGAAACUCCAAUGGAAGAAUCUGAGAAGAAGGGAAAUAUUCCUAUUACAAAUCAGAAGGAACAAUCUAAACAAAAGCCCGGAAAGCAACAGAAAAAUGACAAAGACAAUAAAGUUAAGCAGAGCCAUGUUUCACCUCGGGAUGGGAUUACGGUAUAUUUUCAUGCCAUACUGUCUAAAGACUUCAAACUACAUCCUGAGAAGCACAAAAUCUUCAUUCGUGCAGGAGGAAUUGAUGGUUUUCAGAACUGGAAAGACAAUAUCUGUGAAUUGAAUUGUACAAAGGAUCUUGGUGUGCAUGGUCACCUCAUUCAAGGCUGUGUAACCCUUCAUAAGAACAAUAUAAACAAAAGUAUUCCCUAUAAAUACUAUAUUAACCGUGAAGAGAAUGGAGAAUAUGAAUUCAUUUACAAAUCUCAUCCAAAAGGAACAAUUGUGAAUCGCUGUUUGCAUAUAUCUUCAGAAUAUCUAUCUGGUACAGCAGAUUGGCAUCAGUAUGAUGAUAUUGUAUGUGCUAAAUCCCCUGAUACUAUACUUCAGAACGUCAAGAACUAUUUUACAAACCCAGAAAACAAAAUUGUGAAAGGAAAAGAACUUGCAGCAAAAGAAAUGCUUCAUAACCUCUUCAGUGUUCUAAAUCCGUGGACUUCUCUUAAUGUCAAUAAUUUUCUCAAGCAAUUCAGUCAGUUUUACUUUGUGAAUAAAAGACCAAUGGUACAUGAGGUGCAUCCAAAAGAAUGGAAAGAGCUACCAUUUAGAGAAAAUGAGAUAAAGAAUUUAAUUCAAAAAUAUAUGAAAGAAGUAGCCCACCCCCUUCUAAAUCAGAACAGUGCAAAUGGCAACAUUGCAGCACAAAAUAAACUGGGCCUAGCAUUGAUCUUCCUUCAUCUAGGAAAAAGCUACUCCCUUCCAACCUCAAAAGAUGACUUGAUAAAUUUAUGCAACCUUCUUUGUUUGGAGAAAUCACCAGCAGAUGUAGUGAAUGAAAUGAAUUUUCUUAAAGAGGUGUUUCCAGAGUCUCUAUGCAUGGAACAAGCCUUGAUUAUUUUUUGCAAUAGGUGUAUUGAGGAAGACAUUCAUCAGUGGGUGUGGAUAAUCCCAAUUGUUCACCUUUUCAGUGAUUCUGUUGAUUUUAAAUGUGCUCAGAUGAAGAGAAUUGAAUCCGAAGAGAGAUGGGCGAGAAUGGAACGCAUUCCAUUCAUAGAAUGCAGGGAGAAGCAAGAAUAUAAAGCAAAUUUAUUACCAAUAAUGAAAACAAAGAAAUAUUUGGUGAAAGGAGAUAAAGCGCUGUUCAGAUCAUGGUUCUCUUUGUUGCCUCUGAGAGACUUGGUGGAAUAUAUGACUGACUUUUCUUCCUCUAUCCCGGACUGUCUUAUAGGAAUUGUUCUUAGACUAAAAUAUAUGACAAUAACAUAUUCUAAUCAUGAGGAGGUAGAAAAACUACUUGAGGCAGUUCUUCAAAUUGUUUGUAAUAAACAGAAUAGCCCACUACAGCAGAAUGCCUGGGAAUUUUCUAUAAAUAUCUGUUUAGACCUUUAUCAGAUGAUAUGUGACAAAGUCCAAAUGGGAAUUCAAUACAAAGUACCAGCUACAUCAGCUAAAAUUGUUUCAAACCUUCUUGGAUUUCAAUCUGUUGAGGUUUCAAAAGAAGUAAUCACACAGAAUAUGUUUAUGAAACAAACAUUUCAAAGACUUUGUAAAGAAACCAGAAAUUGCUUUCGGAAAGUUCUGUCAAAACCUUUGCUGGAAAAUUGUUCUUAUACUAUUAAAUUUUCUUUUCCAUGGGAACUUGAGGUAUGGAAUCAUUUUUUGCAAGUAAGCUUUUGUGAUAGAGAUUUCACAGAUGAAUGGAAGAAAACACUAAUUGCAGAGAUUGAAGGCAGGAUCAAACAGGAGACGUCUAUCCAUCGCAUUAAAGCCUAUUGCUGUUGCCUUAAAAACUUUGAAGAGCUUGAUCCACUGAUUAGCAAAGCUUUUGAGGAUUGUGCAAUAGAGGCUAUUAAUUCAGCAUGUCAGGAACACAAUAAUCUUCUGGACUUAAUAUCCAAUUAUGAUCUAAACAAGCUUGGAAAACUUGUAUCUGCUGUCAUCACAAAAUCAUGGCCAACUGAUGAGUUGGGCAACACUCAGAGAGAUAUGGAAGAUGUGCUGAAUCACCUUCUUGUCUGGCCAGACAUCAAACAUAUUUUCAUCUUCAAUGGUUCAAAUAGCAACAUUUUGGAGAAACUAACUGAUGAGGCUCAGGAGCUAAUGGCUGUUGCAGACUCGGUAUAUAUGAAUAUUACAGAGAAACUUAAAACAGGAGGGAUCCUUGUAAAACAUCUGGAACAAGUUCAAAAGUCCAGGAAGCAGUUUCUGUCUAUUUGUGAAUUAAAGAACAGAGAUCUUUCUUCAGGGGAUAGAUCAGAUGAUAAAGACAAACUAGAGAAAAUGCUUGAUUUGAGGUUUCAGGAACUACUGGCUGUCAUAACAGAGAGAAAAUACUUGGGGUCCCUCCUAGAUAUGUGCAGGAAAACACAAGAUUAUGUAAAAGUGAAUAUCACUGACCUGGAGGAGAAGCACAGUGAAAAUCUGGCAUCAAAAACUUUGAGUGAUAUUGUGAAUGUGAGACAUUCAAUUUCUUAUAGCUGUGAUAAAAUAGAGACUUAUUACCAUUUAAGCCCAGCCCUGAAGAGUAUAUCUACAACUGUGGACCGUUACAAAAACAGCCAUGUCUUCCAGUAUUGCUGGGAAUGGGCAGCCAAGCAUCCGGUAAACAAAGUUGAGAAUUUGUUCGAGGAGGAGGAGGUUGCCACUUUAGAUCUGGAAGAAGUGCCUGCCUUCUUGUUUAAACCUUGUUACGAUGAAUUCUGUAGGCUGUAUAACUGUCUAAAAUCUGGAGAGCUCAUGUUUUCUGAAGUGGAUACUCUUUUCAAAGAUUUUACUAAUCACUAUGAAGAACUAAAAAACGAUUUUCAGAUUAUGUGUGGUCUCCGGUCUCAAGAUCAGGGUGCAUGGAUAAGUGAAAGGAUUCAGCAGAUCCAACAGUAUCAUGAAUUACAUUUGGCAGUAGACUCAGCUAAGGUUAUUGACAAAGUCAGAGAAGAUUUGAACCUCUCUGGUGACUUCAAAGUUCUGCAACAGUUACUGUAUAUUACUGAUGAAUUUCAGUCCUUUCAGAACGAAAAACUCUCCUCCAUGAGCCCUGCAUUGAUACAUGCUAAAAGGUUGCUGCAAGGAAUCACCGAACCCCGCCGUAGAUGUCUUGAGGAGAUUGCACUCCGGAGGGAUUUUGUCAACUGGGUCAAAGAGGCUUUGGAAGAUAUAAAUGAACUGAAGGUGUUUGUGGACCUGGCUUCUAUCUCUGCUGGGGAGAACGACAUGGACGUUGAUCGUGUGGCUUGUUUCCAUGAUGCUGUGCUUGGUUAUUCUUCCCUAUUAUAUGAGUUGGAUCAGGAAGCAGGGUUUGAGAAAUUCAUGGACUGUUUAGACAAACUAUGGAAAGCCCUGGAAAGUGAUCAAAGUCUCCCUACCAAACUGCGUGACUCUGCAAGGCAUUUGGAAUGGCUAAAAACUAUAAAAGAGAGUCAUGGCUCUGUGGAAUUGUCAUCUAUAUCAUUGGCAACUACAAUCAACAAUAAAGGAAUCUAUAAAAUUAGAGCCCCAAUUGAAGGCCAGAAGGUUUCUCUGGACACUGUGUUAUGCCUGACUAUCCUUGAAGGACAUGAACAUACAGAAGAGUUUCGACAGUAUUCUCUGGAAGAGCUUAGAGAAUUAAUGAACAAACUGAUGUUAAUGUCAGGAAAAGUAGAACAAAGUGCAGAAGUGGACAAGUUUUCAGAGGUAUUUUCUAGUGUCCAAAGACUUGCACUGUCUUUCAUAGACAUUUAUUGUGCUGGAAACAUGCUCUUCCGUUCCUGGAUUGCUGAAAUAUACUGCUCACCGGAGAAUGAAUUCUCUAUUAUCGUGAACUUCAACUUGGAUGCUAGCUCCAGUCUUGUUGGAAAUGGAGAAGUGGCAGAAAUUCUACCUGCCAUAUGCCGGAAGAUGGAGAAUUUUCUAGAGAGAUGGAACCACUUCAUGUAUGAGAAGAGAUCCCAGUAUUUUUAUCUUAAUUACUACACAGCUAAGCAGCUUGUGUACUUGUGCAAGGAACUUGGCUCCAGACACCCAAAUGAGGCUGCCCUAAUGUUAUUAUCAUUCAUUAAGCACAAUUGCAGUGAAAAGGAAAUCCAAGAGAUCUUUGGAAUAGUGAAAUCUGAAAACCCAGAGAGGCAUUCCACUCAUCUGUCUGAGCUGGUGGCAAGUCAAAGAGAGCUGACAGCACAGCUGGAGCAUAUUUGGGACUCCUACAUGAAAUGCAUGGAUUCCUUCCUUCCAGAUUGCUUGGACAUUGAAAGCCUUGGGGUCUACCUUGACAAACUGGCAGACCUGGAGAAGAGGAGUGUUGUGCGGAUAUUGCCACAAGGCCUUCAUGCUGGCAGGCCCAACCUCAUUCUCUGCCCUCGUCUUGAAGUGUUGGCUUCAGCCCUGGCCAUUUACAUGAACAGUCCAGAAGAGAUGCUCCCCUCUUAUGAUGAAGUCUUGUUGUGUACAAGGCACACCAGCUAUGAGGAAGUGGCGCUGUUUCUGAGGAGGUGCCUCACCCCAGGCUGCAAGGAGAGGAAAAUUUACACCUUGUUGUUUGCUGAUGAGUUAAGCUAUGAUGUUGGUUGUAGGUCCGAAGUAUUGUUCCAGAGCCUUCACUUGAAGCAUCAGGAUGAUUAUCGCUUGGUGAUCCUCUGCAAUUGCGAGAGAGAGCAUUGCUAUAUCCCUUCUGUCUUUAGUCAGUACAAAGUUCACAUGAUUCCUCAUCAACCUCUGAAAGACAUCCAGUGUUACCUCGAGAAUCAUUACAAAGUCACGGAUCCUGCGAAUUCAUUAGCUUCUAUUUUCAAGGAACAAUUUUGUGUUGGAAUUGUAUCUUCCAAAAGAGCUGGAGUGGGAAAAUCUCUGUAUGUAAAGAGGUUGCAUGAAAAAAUGGAAGCAAGACUCAACAAAAGAGUGCCUUUAAAAACUAUUAGACUUAUAGAUCCGUAUGUUGAUGAAAGCAAAUUGCUAAAGUCUCUCCUCCCAUUCCUGGACCACAAGCACCAGAAACAGCCUAUGAUAUUUCAUUUUGAUAUCACUUCUUCAGUUCAGACUGGAAUUCCAGAAUUCUUGUUCAAACUAUUAGUUUUACAAUACUUGGCAGAUACAGAUGGAAAACUUUGGCUCAGGAAACAGUACCACUUGUAUGUUAUAGAAAUUCUCGAAGUUUCUCCAUCAGCAUCAAAAAACCAAAAAAGAUCUAUUUUGCCUGGAUUGAAAUACAACUUCCUUGAUGUAUUUCCAAAAGUAAUCUGCAGACCUCCCAAAGAGGUACUAGAAAUGGAAACCCAGGGGAAAUCGCACAGCUCCUUCGAUCCAAGAACAGAUCAUGAAGUGUUUUGUAGUGAAGCCUUUCAGAGACCAUUUCAAUAUUUAAGAAGAGUCAAUACAGGAGAGAAUGUUGACAGAUUCCAAUAUGAAGAAGGUUUAGUUGAAGGGACUCCUGCAGAAUGUUUACAGCUGUUUCUGAUACACUGUGGAGUGAUAGAUCCUUCUUGGUCAGAACUAAGGAACUUUGCAUGGUUUUUGAACCUUCAGCUCAGAAAUUGUGAAACCUCAUUGUUUUGUAAUGCUGAUUUUGUCCAGGACACACUGCAGGGUUUCAAAAAUUUUGUGGUUCAUUUUAUGAUUUUAAUGGCAAAGGAUUUUGCAACGCCUUCACUCAGCAUUUCUGAUGAGAGUCCUGGACAGCCAUUUGUUGAUAUGAAAGGAGUCACAGAAGAAGAUCUUGCUCCAUUUCAGAUUCGGAAAAAAUGGGAAUGUGAACCUCACCCAUAUAUAUUCUUCAAUGAUGAUUGUAUAUCCAUGACGUUCAUUGGUUUUCAUCUCCAGCCCAAUGCCAAUGGUGGUGUUGAUGCCAUCAAUCCUUUGAAUGGAAAUGUUAUCAAGAGAAAUGUGAUGACGACUCAGUUGUACCAGGGAUUGGUCCUUCAGAAAGUUCCAUUUAACAUUGAUUUUGAUGCAUUGCCCAGACAUGAGAAAAUUGAGAAACUUUGCAUGGUUUUAGGUAUCCAAUGGCCCAUUGAUCCUGAUGAUACAUAUGAACUCACAACAGACAAUAUACUAAAGAUCCUUGCAAUGGAAAUGCGAUUCCGGUGUGGAAUCCCUGUUGUCCUCAUGGGAGAAACUGGCUGUGGAAAAACCAGGCUGAUAAAAUUCCUGUGUGAACUACGCAAAAGUGGUGCCACGCCUGAUAACAUGAAGCUUGUCAAAGUCCAUGGAGGCACCACAGCAGAAUCAAUCUAUGCAAAUGUCAGGGAAGCUGAAACUCUUGCCGUUAACAAUAAGCAGCAAUACCAGUUUGACACAAUCUUAUUUUUUGAUGAAGCCAAUACUACCGAAGCUAUCUGCAGCAUUAAAGAAAUCCUGUGUGAUCACACAGUACAAGGAGAACCUUUGCUCCCCAACUCAGGCUUACAGGUUGUAGCUGCAUGCAAUCCUUAUCGUAGGCAUACCAGCAAAAUGAUUCAGCGUUUGGAAUCAUCGGGUUUAGGGUACCGUGUCAAGGCAGAGGAGACAAAAGAGAAGCUUGGCUCCAUUCCUCUUAGGCAACUUGUAUAUCGUGUCCAUGCACUUCCUCCUAGCAUGUUGCCCCUAGUGUGGGAUUUUGGGCAAUUAAACAACUUCACUGAAAAAUUAUACAUACAGCAGAUUGUACAGAGACUUACCAAAUCAAUAAAAAUGUCUAGCACUGAAGUCCAGAUAAUAGCAGAUGUACUUUUUGUGUCUCAGGCUUAUAUGAGAAAAAGGACUGAUGAAUGCAGUUUCAUCAGCCUCCGAGAUGUGGAACGCUGCGUGGAAGUCUUUAAGUGGUUCCAUGGUCACAGUGAGCUAUUGAUGAAGCAUCUGGAGAAGCAUUUGGCAAAGAAGAAUGCUACCAAAGUUUUUGUCCCAAGAGACAGAGUCAUUUGGUCCUUGGUUCUUUCUGUUGGUAUUUGUUACCAUGCUUCCUUAGAAAAGAAAGAAGAGUACCGAAAAGUCAUCAGCAAAAUCGUCCCAGAACCAUAUGAUACCGAGAAGGGAAUUUUUGAAGAAAUUGGCUUAGUUCAAGAUCUUUUUUUAAGUGGUGCACCUCUGAGGGAAACAAUAGCCAGAAACCUGGCCUUGAAAGAAAAUGUCUUCAUGAUGGUUAUCUGCAUUGAACUUAAAAUCCCAUUGUUCCUCAUUGGAAAGCCUGGGAGCUCAAAAUCUCUUGCUAAGACCAUUGUAGCUGAUGCCAUGCAGGGCCAAACAGCAUAUUCUGAGCUUUAUAAGGAGCUGAAACAAGUUCAUUUAGUGUCUUUUCAGUGCAGCCCACACUCUACACCAGAGGGAAUCAUAAAUACCUUCAAGCACUGUGCUCGCUUUCAAGAAGGCAAGAACCUAAAAGAGUAUGUUUCUGUGGUAGUAUUAGAUGAAAUUGGCUUGGCUGAAGACUCUCCCAAAAUGCCUCUGAAAACUCUGCAUCCACUCCUGGAAGAUGGAUGUGUUGAUGAUGAGCCACUGCCACAUAAGAAAGUGGGCUUCAUUGGGAUAUCUAACUGGGCUCUGGAUCCAGCUAAGAUGAAUCGGGGCAUCUUCGUUUCCCGUGGUGACCCUAACAGAAAGGAACUCAUGGAAAGUGCAAAGGGCAUUUGCUCUUCGGCACGUGUUGUCCUACAGAAAAUUGAACACCUUUUUCCUAUAUUUGCAAAUGCAUAUGAAGAAAUUUGCAAGGUGCAAAGUAAAGAGUUCUUUGGAUUGCGUGACUAUUACAGCCUGAUAAAGAUGGCAUUUACUUUAACAAAAAAAACUAACAGAUCACUAGCUCCUCGUGAGAUAGCAGAGGUGGUUCUCCGUAAUUUCAGUGGCAAAGAAGAUGUUGAUGCCUUGAAUAUUUUUAUGUCGAAGAUCCCAGAGAAAGGAGACCUUAUAUCUGAAGACAUCAGCACAAUUGAUCUAGUCAAGCAGAACAUUUACAGUGACUAUCAGGAUGGUGAAUGCCGGUACCUACUCCUGUUGACAGAAAAUUAUGUAGCGCUUCAGAUUCUCCAACAAGCUUUUUUUAAGGAUUCUCAGCAACCAGAGAUUAUUUUUGGUUCCAGCUUUCCCAAAGAUCAGGAAUAUACCCAGAUCUGCAGAAACAUCAACCGAGUGAAGAUCUGUAUGGAAACUGGGCAGAUGGUUAUCCUUCUUAAUCUCCAGAAUCUUUAUGAGAGCCUCUAUGAUGCCUUGAACCAAUAUUAUGUUCAACUUGCUGGUCAAAAAUAUGUAGACCUUGGUUUAGGGACCCAUCGCGUGAAAUGCCGAGUUCAUCCUAAGUUCCGUUUGAUUGUCAUUGAGGAGAAAGAGGUGGUGUAUAAACACUUCCCUAUUCCAUUGAUUAAUAGGCUUGAAAAACACUACUUAGAUAUUAACACUGUCUUGGAGAAGUGGCAAAGACGUAUUGUGGAAGAACUGAAGAAAUGGGUCAGUGAUUUCACAGCAGUUGAAACACAAACAUAUUUCAUGGGGCAGCAGAAAUAUACACCUUCUGAUGUCUUUGUUGGCUACCAUUCUGAUACUUGUGCCUCAGUUGUUCUGCAGGUGACGGAAAAGCUGAAAGUAGGUUUUUCUCAUUGGGAACUAAUGAGAAAAGUACAAGAAGAGGCGAAGUUGGUAUUGCUGAACUGUGCCACGCCAGACUCCAUAAUCCGCCUUGGUCAUUCACGGCUGGCUUCCUUUCAGGCACAUGAUUUGGCAAGGAUGUACUUUCAGCAACAGCAGCAUACUUCCCUUGCAGAUUUCCUCAAUGCUUGUGUUGGUGCAGAAUCCAAAGGUCACACAGUCUUUACCGAGAUUACUACUUUCUCCAGACUUUUGACAGCAAUAGACAUAGAGUCUUUGAAGACAGAAGUACAGGGCAAUAUCAACAACAUCAAAAUUAUGUUCCUGCAACAGUUUGACACAGAGCAUUCAUUUUUGAAAGAAAUCCGGAGUUUUCUUGAUGCCACACAUGGAUGUAAAAUCCUGAUCAUUCAGACAGACUUUGAAAAUGGAUCUCUCAGUGCCCAGCUUGUUGCUUCAGCCAAGUAUUCAGCUGUUAAUGAAAUCAACAAGAUAGAUCUGAGUGAAGCCUCAGUGUUUGUAUUCUUUAUCACUAAACUAUUACGAAUUGAAGGAGGAAGUAACUAUGUGGGAUUUCAUGGAGGAUUGUGGCAGUCUGUGCAUAUUGAUGAUCUAAGGACAUCCCAAGAUAUGAUCUCUGAUGUAACUGCCUUGAGAAAUAUCACCAUCAGCCAGCUGUUUUGUACAGAAGUGGAGAAGUUUUUAGAAAGUCACAAAUCGAUGGUGAAUGGAGUGGAAAGAAAGGAAGAGGAGAUGGAGGUUUCUGCAACACCAAGGCUAGAAACUGAGCCUAAUGAAACCUUGGACAUCACUGUACUUCUAAGGAGCUGUGUGCAGAGUGCUGUGGGAAUGCUAAGGGAUCACAAUGAGGCUGCCAAUCGUAGUACUAAGAGAAUUGAAAUUCUCCUUAGUCUCCUCUCUAAAGCAGAUGAUUUGAAAGCCAACUUCCUAAAUAUAACAAAUAGUCGUCUCUUCAGCCUUUUGAAACAGCAAGAGAAUAAUUCUUACCCCAUGAAAGAGUGGGUUCUCCGAGAGGCAUCAAAUCUGAAUGCCCUUCAGGAAGCAGGAACUUUCAGACAGACCUUGUGGAAACGGGUUCAAAGUGUGGUAACUCCAUUUUUGGCUUACAUGCUGUCUGUCAUAGACAGAGAUUGUAACUUGAACCUGCUGAUUAGGCCAGCAACAGAAAAUUGUGUGAAAGCCUUGUGGAUGUUCAUCUUCGGGGAUCUGAACCUUCUCAACAUCCCUUAUAUCAUGGGUCAGAAUAGCUCUCAAAGUGAAACUAUUCUGGUGCCAAAUUACUUUGCACAAUCUUUGGAUACUGGUAAUGAAAUGCCCUUCAGCUGGAGAAUAAAAGAUUAUCUAGAAGAGCUUUGGGUUCAGGCUCAAUACAUCACAGCCAGUAAAGACCAUGCAGAGAAGUUUGUGAGCAUUUUUCAGCAGACACCACUGGGGAAAUACAUUGCCAGCUUCUCUGAGGAAGAGAGAGAAACUCUUUUCUACUGUUAUGUCAGAGACUUCCUCCUCCUGACAAUGGGUGUGUCCUCUCAGAGCAAGUUAAUUUUGCUGCAAAAGGCCCUUUUAUCAUGCAUAGAGGAAAUGAAGGAAACCUCUUCCAGUGCUGAAGAGAGAGUGCUGCCUCUUCCAUGGAUCCAUCUUGCUUACUAUAAAUUUAAAAGUCGACUGCAAAACCUUUCCAGGAUUCUUGCUGUGUAUCCUCCUGUGUUGGAUGUUCUUAAUAAACAUGCUGAGGAAGGACGCAGCAUCCCAUAUGACCACAUGGUACUAGAUGUGUUUGCUGCAGUGGCUUGUACUGAAAUGUUGGAAGAAGAUAUAUUAAAGUGUAGACCUCAAACUUGGCUCCAGCAGGUGAAGAACCUUCAAAUGCCAGUUGAACUUGUUUGUACAGGAAAUUAUUUGCAAAGCAGGGGAAACCAAUGUGAUCAACUGCUCCAGGAAGUCAAAAACAGAUGGAGUCGAGUUUUCUCCAUGUCCCUCUUCGUGGAACAUGUGAUUCUUGAAGCUGAAACAUUGAUUCCAGAGGUGAAGAAUCAGGUGAAGAGGUACAGCUUGCAGAUUGGAAAAUGUUUUCAGUGGGAUUCUGACAUAAAAACCCAUAUCACAUUCAUUGCAGUGAUGAAAGUGAUGUGCCAGUGCAAGGAUGAAACUAGUUCAACAUUUUGCAAGUAUGGUUUGAAGCCUUGCCCAAUUUGUUUGGGAGAUCCCAGAGAACCAGUAAACCUUCUUUGUGACCAUGUGUAUUGUCACAGUUGCAUCAAACUAUGGCUAAUACCAGGACAGAUGUUCUGUCCAGUCUGCCUGGUCAACCUACCAGAUGACUAUACUCCCACAGUAUCUAAGGAACUCAGCAUUGCCAUAGAAAAAAAUGCUCAUUUCCGUAAAUUCUGCAACAGUUUUUUCUUAGACCUGGUUUCCACAAUGUGUUUCAAAGACAAUGAACCCCCAGAAAAAGCUGUGAUUCAGGAACUGCUGAACUUGUUGUUUGUUCACAAGGUGUCUUUGAGAGGUUUGGGGAAUUCCAGUGUACAUACAAAAUCUCUGUCUCCUUUUGAUGAUGUGGUGGAUAAAACUCCUGUAAUCCGUUCUGUGGUGCUAAAGUUGCUUUUGAAGUACAGCUUUGAUCAUGUGAAAGACUAUAUACAAGAGUACUUAUCACAAGUAGAAGUUAGUUGCUUCCUAGACAAAGAAGAUAAAAUAGAACUAUACACACUAUUUGUCAACUGCUUUGAGGAUUCUAUGUGUGAGAAAUCAGGAGCCUUCUCUGAGGAUAUAGAGAUGAAGCAUCUGGGGGAAGAUGGACACUUCUUGGCAAACUAUUUACAAUGGAACAAGAACAGCCAACCGGCCUCAAAAGAAUCCUCCAUUGAAUACUUGCAGGGAGUGGCCCACAUCCGGCUGUGCAUGGAUAAGGCAGCAGAUCUACUUUUUGAACAGCAUAGAACCCCAGGCAAGCGGAGACCAUGUGGUAUUAAAGAAAAAUGUAAGCAACUCUAUCUUGAAAGAGUGAUGCAGUUCUGUUGUCAGACUCAGAAUGACUGGUAUAAAGUUUACCUUGCUCGUAAACUUACAAAUCAGUACGGAUUGGAGUUCACACAGAAGCUUCUAGGCAAACAUUCAUUUCAGUGGAUCUUUCCAUCAGAAAUAGUUCAUCAGCAACAGAAGGAUCAGCGUGGUCAAAUUGAUCGCUUCCUGGUCUGUGGCAAAAACUACAAAACAGUACGUGAUGCUGUGGGAAAAGCACUGAUUGAAUGCCAGGCAGAUGAUAUUGCAACUGCCUUUAAGGCAUGUAACAGCUCCAAGUCUGAGCAGACUGUCCAUUUUCUCUUGGCUGUCUUCAGAGAGCUCACAUCUCUAUAUGGAUGCAAGGACCCAAGUCUUCAUCCUAAACAGAAGCAAUGCGAUCUCCUUAAAGAAUUUAUCCAUACCUCUAAAGUUCUUCCUUCUCCCCAACUGGAGGCAUUUGCAGACUCUCUGGUGACAAACCAUCUGUCAUCACUUACCCUCAGCCCCCAGGAUCCCUCUCAGAAGACUGUGGUGGUUGAAAUGGCUGUGCAUGCAACAGCUAUUCUGCUGUCCAGACAGAAUAAAAUCCUUGAACCUCUAAGCAAUCUGGCUUUCUUGCCCAAUACUAUGCAGAAUGCUUUUCUGCCAACAAUGCCUGAAGAUUUACUGGCUAAAGCUACGAAGUGGGCGGCGACAGCAGGUCUUCACUGGUAUAGAUGUCCAAAUGGACACCCCUGUACUAUUGGAGAGUGUGGCCAGCCUAUGCAACUGGGUCGUUGCGUUGAUUGUGGUGCUGUAAUAGGAGGUGACAACCACAGGGCCGUGAAAGAUUUUCACAGAGCACAGAUUACAGAGGACAGAACACAAACUGGCCACGUGCUUGGAGAUCCUACAAAAAGAGGUGCUAAAAUGCCAUUUGACAGGGAGAUGCCUCCAGUUGUCUUAAUUCUAAUUCGUUUCCUCACUCAUUUGGCAAUGCUUUUAGGAGCAACAAAAGAUCCCAAGUCCCUACUGGGCAUCAUAAAGCCACCUGUUCAAGAUCCAGUGGACUUUCUCCUGCAACAUAUUCAUAAGGAUUUGGAACAACUGAUGAACACACUUGGGAAAAGUGCAGAUGAAACGAAUAAUGUCAUCCAUCUUAUUCUGAAUAGUCUACUCAAGGAGCACACAGGCCAAUGGCCAGUACAGUUUGAUGAUCAUCUUUCCACAAAGGAGCAGAGAAAUAAAUGGGAAGAAAUAGUUGCACACACUAUUAUUCUUCCUGAACUAAAGCUUUUGGACAAAACCCUUCUGGAGCUGAAUCAACAAAUCCGUGAGGAUGAGAGAAUCUGUUCCAACCCAAUAGUGAAAAUAAUAUAUGGGGACCCUGUAAUUUUCUUGUCCAAGCUGCCCAAGAACAGCAUAGUGCAUUGUUCCAGGAUGUGGAGCUGCAGAAAAAGAAUCUCACUUGAGUACUUAGGGCAUGUUGUCCAACAAAAAAGUGAUAAGGAUACUGUGCCCAUCUUGUGGAAGUUUCUACAAAAGGAAGCUGAACUUAGACUUGUGAAGUUUUUGCCAGAGAUUCUGACCUUGCAGAAAGACUUGGUGAACAGGUUCCAGAAUGUUUCAGAGACAGAACACAGGACAAUAAGAGAGUUUCUUCACAGCCUUCCUUCAGGAGGUAUGAGACAUACUCUGGGAAGCAGGGUGAAAACAUUUCUGGACGUGUGGAAUAAGCUGAGAUCGUCCUUGGAAACCAAUGGUGAAAUUAAACUUCCCAAAGGCUAUUGUGAAGCUGACCUGACACUGGAGAAUGAGCUUGAGAUCCUUCUGCCUCGCCGGCGAGGUCUAGGACUGUGUUCCACAGCCUUGGCCAGUUACCUCAUUGCCCUACACAAUGACUUUGUCUACACCAUAGAGAAAUACACAACAGAUGCCAACAGGUACUCGGUGAGCCCUGCAGAAGUGGCAGAUCUCCAUGUGAUCACUUAUGAGGUAGAGAGGGACUUGAUCCCACUGAUUCUGUCAAACUGCCACUACAGCAUGGAGAAAGGAGGAGAGGCCAUCCAGGAGUUUGACCUGGAAAAGAUCCAACAGCAGGUCAUCAGCCGAUUCCUACAGGGGAAGCCCUUGAUCUCACUGACAGGUCUUCCCACUCUUGUGUACAGGCAUGACCGAAAUUAUGAGCAUCUUUUCAAAGAUAUCAAGAGCAAGCUGACCCAGAGCUGCCUUCCAAAAUCCACAAGUAGCAUGCUCAUUGGGGAGUUGCAGUCCUACAGUGACAUCUGUGAAGCCCUGUCUGUCACUGAAAUAAUUUUAGGUUUCUUGGCUAUGGCUGGAGGUGACCCAGAGAUGACUUUGACAGACUAUGUUGAAAAAACACUGCAGAUGAGUGGUCACACAAGCGCUCAUGUGCUCAAGACACUGAGUCGGUGUCAGCUGAAGCACUCCAUUGCACUGUGGCAGCUCCUUUCUAGCCAUAAAUCUGAGCAGCUGUUGUGUCUGAAAAGGGAUCCCUUUGCGGAGAUCAGUGUAUCCUACAAAGAUGAACUUGCCACAGAAAACAUCAAACUCCUCAAUGCCUUCCUCAUCCAGUUUGGGUUGGAAUCCUUCCUCCAAGAGUUGCAUGAAAUGAUCAUCCUGAAGCUCAAACAUGACCGAGCUAUAGAAGAGUUCAAACCCACAUGGAGCCUCAAGGAUACCUUGAUUCCAUACCUGGAAGACAAAGAGAGCAGCAGCACCCUUGUGGAAGAAUUGGAGACAUUCCCGGAAGAGAUCCUGCUCCGCCACUGCGUUGCUGCCUGGAAAGUAGCUGCUGCUCUUAAACAAGAUCGAAGGCUUGAUUAGUGGAACACAACCAUUGGGCAGUGGCUGCCCUCCCACUUUUUUUCCAGAAAUUAUCAGGAAAGGGUAUGCAGGAUUCUUUUUCAAGCUCCAAGCACAAUAGAUACAUACAUAAGUAAAAAUAUCAUGAGGCAAAAAAAAAUCUUAACUAAAGAGCAUCAUAUCGUAGUAUUUCACUAUGUAAGAAUAAACAGUGAUACACAAACAGAAUUUUUCCCUUAAAAAGAGGAAGGAUUUUCUUUUUUAAAUUUAAGAUUACAUUAUUUUGAAAUGCAUGUUGAAGAUCAAUUACAUCUGAACUGAAGCCUUUCUGAUAUCUUCCUGGAACAACCAUGGAAUAGUCAAACGGUAUAGUUUACAGAUCUGAAAUGAUGUAAUGCCUUACUAAGAUGUCUCCUGCUCCUUGACCUCCUUUAGCUGGGCAAGAAACAAAGUACUGUUUUCUUAACUCAGGGUUUCUAGUUUUCCUAAAUGCUACCAAAGCUGCCUUCUGUUCAUCAGGGGAAAAUUUUCUUACUUUUUUUCCUUGCCAUCUCUUUGACAUCUGAACAGAGCACAUUGAGAACUCGGAAAUUGAAUUUGGUCAUACCACUUCUGCAAAUAUAAUUCAGCACAUGCCUCAAACCUAGUGAACUAGACUUUACCUAUUAUUUUUUCUUUAAGCGGUGAUGCAUCAGGUUUGUGUCUAGUCUACUGCCCUGCCUGUUUUGUUUUGUUAUGUCGACUCAGACACUGUUUCUUACAUUUACAUGAGUUUUGAAACUAUAUUAUCAAGAGACUGGUUUGCUAUAUUCACAAACUGACCAAGAGGCUGGAUUCCUACUAGGUUUUGUUAACAGGAUUUUUGUAUUAUACUUGGCUCACUGAUGCAAUUAUGUGUUAAGGCUUUUCUAUAAGUGGAGUGCCAUGUAUUGACUUGUAGGGAAUAUUUUUUAAGACAAUUACGUUCUUUGAGUAGCUUGUGAAGAGGAAAGGACUGUGGAAGCGAGUAAGCUUGUUGAGGAAAAACAGUAUUUAAACUUCUGUGAGCUACUGCUCUGGUUAACAAUAUGAAGGAUCCUUUAUUUCCAUUCAAGACCAAUGGUGAUAUUGUGGCCAUUGUUAAAUAUGUUUACUAAAAUAAUUUUAUAUAAUUAUUCUCUCAGGGUAAUGGCAAUGUGGAAUGUAAAAAUUCAGCCAUUUCUUUAAAAAUUACUUUGCCUAACCAUGUUUUACUGUUGCUCUAUUUGUGUAUGCUUUAGAAAUAAAAAGUGUAUUAACAAGUAGCUAUACCAUGUGCACUGCUUUCAAUGCACUGAGUUUUCUUAAGGGCUAGAAUAACAUUGAGGUUUUUCUAGUUCAAAGCCAACAUUUAUUGAUAAUCUCCUUUGGAUACCAAAUUCAUCCUGAGUGUAUAUUCCAAACAAUUUUCAGCUCAUUUUGCACUAACACUUACAUUAUGCCUAGGACGUUGUGCAUCUGUAGCAGGAUCGUCUACCAUGAAAACAUCAAUAAUGCAACAGAUAAUGCAACAGUGAAUGAUUCCCUCCCCACCCCUCUUGGAUUAUGCAUUUACUGUAAUGCCAUUUGAACUAAGAUUGCAGUUUGCUUUAUCAACAUAGUGGUGUAGCGUAGUCUACCAGUAUGUCAGCUUAGAAACCAUGUUUAACAAAUGUGUCAGAUUAUUUUUAUAUUUUUUCUUCUUUAAAUAAAAAUUGUUUCUUCUUUAAAUAAAAAUUGUUGCUGCCAAUGA